CCUGGCCUUAGCGAACACGGGACAGGUGCAAGUAGAACGCAGAAUCUCGGCGUUUCUUCAGAACUGGCGCGGGAAGGAGAGGGUUACUACUAAUUUCCACUCGAGGUCAACGUUUUACGAAAUCAGAGACCAUCGGAGCAAUGCACAGGUUCCUGAAGUACGUUCUCAGACUUCUCCCCCUGAUGACAUUGCUGUAUCUCUGCCGCGUCAACAAGUUCCUGGAUCUUUACGUUGGUGUGGGAAACCGUUCUACGUUAGCGCCUGGAGAGCGAAACCAAAGAGAACUGCCUGAAGAGGUUUUUCAUCAAGGGGAAAUUUAUGCUCUAAGGGAAAUGGAGGUGCCCAACAAAGAGAGCCAGACUCGCCCAGGCCUCCGCAUGCUCUCGCGCCUGUAUGCUCACCGCCCGUCAGUCGAGGCCAAGUACUCCUCGCCCUCGCCCGACCUGAUGCCUCUUAUCGAGGCGCUGAAGCAAGAUUUAACCGUGAAAGGAGUGAUUAGGGAUCCCUGGGCCUUGGCAAGGGAGUGGGCCAGUUCCAAGUCCCUGGUGCCCAAAUCGGCUCCUGGCUUGGGAGACAUCAUGGCUGCCAUGGUCACUGCCCCGGUCACAGCCGCUGACAGCUGUAACGCAGGAACGCAGGUCAAAAUUUUGCUGAAGCUUCAAGGCGACCAGAAAGUUUUAUUUAAGCCUAAAAUAUAUCCUUCCACAGCAGUCAUCUACGGCAAGAACAGGGGAUCGGACCGACACCACGGAGAAAUCGCCGCCUUUUACCUUGGGAGAUUACUGGGUCUUGAGACGUUACCUGUUGCCGUGGGUCGCAAGAUCCGCCUGACAAAGGAGGUCCUCCCUGUGGCAUCGCCGGAAUUUGCGGAAACGUUUUUCACCAAUAAGAGGAACAAGACUUGCAUCCACGGCAGUUGUGGUCGCUGCAACCCCAACAGGGUUAGCUGUGCCGGAGAGGAGGACACAAUGGAAGGAGCUGUUAUCAUGUGGUUGCCUGAGCAUCUGCAUGUCUCGGAGAAUAGCUAUGCUUGGCAGCAUCAUUACAAGAGGAAGGAUCUUCUCCGAUGGGAAAAAGAUGAAAAUUUCUGCGAAGGGAUCUUACUCAGCGAUCAAGGGGAAAUAAUCCUGGAUUUCAUCGACAUGUCCGUCCUCGACUUCCUGAUUCAGAACACCGACAGACACCAUUACCUACAAGCGAAGGCCCCCAACGCGUCCAUCAUACUGGUCGACCAUGGCAAAAGUUUCGGGAAUCCAUAUGUUGAUUACAUGGAUAUCUUGGCUUCGCUGUUGCAAUGCUGCAGGAUCCGGGCGGCGACGCGCGCGCGGCUGGUCCUGCUGAGCGGCGGCGGGCUGUCCCGCGCUCUGAGGGAGCUCCUGGGCCUCGACCCGCUCGCCCCCGUGCUCGCCGACGUCCACCUCCGCGCCCUGGACCGCCGCCUCGAGCACGUCCUCGCCGCCCUCAGCGCCUGCAGCGAAAGGAAGGGCGGCUGGCACAAUGUGCUCUUCUGA